AUGUCUUGGUUAGGAAAGAAGUUCCCUGCGCCUAUCGCAAAGCCAAUGGCUCCUUUCUUCAUCGCCGUAUCAGAACUUUGGGCUGAUAUCAGUUGGGGUUUAGGUAUCAUCGUUAUGUACGGUGUCAACUCUGCUGCCACCGCUAUGGCGAACAGCGAGGAAUUCAAGAACGACCCUAGAAACCCAAACGCAAAGACCCCAAAGCAAGCCGAUAAACACUAA